GCAGUCAGCCAAUAGACGAUGACUGCCCUCCCACUUACCCGGCUUCGGAUUAAAGAUGGCGGACCAGAGUGAGACAGCAGCGGGUGAUCGGCUUGAGGAGGAUGAAAAUGGACAUGGCCACUGUAGCGACUGCGAAAAUGAGGAGAAGCACAGCUAUAACCAAGGCUUGGGCGAUGAGAGUGGAGGAAAGAAGAAAAAGAAGCAAAAGCGGAGGAAGGAAAAGAGUGGAGGGGACAAACUAGAAGCUGCUGAAGCCCCGGUGAACACGCUGCCUGCUGAGAGAAUCCAAGAAAUCCAGAAAGCCAUUGAGCUGUUUUCUGUUGGCCAAGGACCUGCUAAGACAAUGGAAGAAGCCAGCAAGAGAAGUUACCAGUUCUGGGAUACCCAGCCUGUUCCUAAGCUUGGAGAAGUGGUGAACACACAUGGCCCCAUUGAGCCAGAUAAGGAUAAUAUUCGCCAGGAGCCUUAUACCCUUCCACAGGGCUUCAUCUGGGAUGCUCUGGACUUGGGGGACAGGGUGGUGCUGAAGGAGCUUUACACUCUACUUAAUGAGAACUACGUGGAAGAUGAUGACAACAUGUUCCGCUUUGAUUACUCCCCUGAAUUCCUGCUCUGGGCACUGAGACCUCCUGGCUGGCUUCCCCAGUGGCACUGUGGUGUAAGGGUGAUCACUAGUAAGAAGCUAGUGGGAUUUAUUAGUGCUGUCCCAGCUUCAAUGCAUAUCUAUGACAUAACCAAAAAAAUGGUAGAGAUCAACUUCCUCUGUGUUCACAAGAAACUGCGCUCCAAGAGGGUGGCACCAGUUCUUAUCCGUGAGAUAACACGUCGUGUCAACCUUGAGGGUAUCUUCCAGGCCGUCUACACAGCUGGAGUGGUACUGCCUAAACCUGUGGCUACCUGCAGGUACUGGCACAGAUCGCUUAACCCACGCAAGCUGAUUGAGGUGAAAUUCUCCCAUCUAAGUCGUAACAUGACCAUGCAAAGAACCAUGAAGCUAUACCGACUGCCUGAGACUCCUAAAACUUCUGGCCUAAAGCCCAUGGAAAUCCGGCACAUCCCUGCUGUGCACAAGCUUCUGUCCCAAUACCUCUCCCAAUUUAACCUGGCCCCCUGCAUGGAUGAGGAGGAGGUCCGGCAUUGGCUGCUCCCGCAGGAGAACAUCAUCGACACCUAUGUAGUGGAGACACCAGAGGGCAAUAUAACAGACCUUCUGAGCUUCUACACUCUUCCCUCCACCAUCAUGAACCACCCGACGCACAAGAGCCUGAAAGCUGCCUACUCUUUCUACAACGUUCACACCAAGGCGCCUCUGGUUGAUCUCAUGAACGAUGCACUGAUACUGGCUAAAUCUAAAGGGUUUGAUGUGUUUAAUGCUCUUGACCUCAUGGAGAAUAAAACUUUUUUGGAGAAACUAAAGUUUGGUAUUGGGGAUGGAAAUCUGCAGUAUUACCUGUAUAAUUGGAAAUGUCCCAGCAUGGGGGCUGAGAAGGUGGGUCUGGUUCUACAGUAAUCCACAUAUCCUUUUUGCCCUUUGUCUGAAGUGGAUAAGGAAUUAUUUGGGCUGCCAGCUGCUCCCCUUACCAGAGAUCGGUCACAGGAGAGUCAGAUCUAGGAACUGAGAAGAGUUUGACUCCGGAGCACAUCCUACUGUAUUCAGGGUGGGGAGACUGUGGGGAUAGGGUUGGUCCCUCCUACUUGGCUUGGAUAUAGAUUUGUUUUUUUUUUUUCUGGAAUUUCUAUCACCCCACCAAACCCUGCUGUGAAUAUGACUGCUCCCAUUUUUCCUCCCCUGGCGCCGGCUGAAUGGUGGCGCUAUGGCUGAAUAUUAAAGUAUAUAUUAUAUAUAUAUAUAUGUACAUUGGUGCCUGUGCUUGAUCUCUUGACUUGGUGUGACAUACAAGUGCUAAUGUUUCUAAAAGGUCACCAUGUCCUAAUACCAAAUUGAACUUGUUGCAGCCAUAUUAAAGGGGGUGUGGCCGUUUCCUGGAGUGGGGGUUGCUUAAAAUAAACCAUAUUAUUUUAAAAUGUUUUUUUUUUUUUUAUUUUAUCAAUUAAGUUAAAUGCUUGUUACUAAAUAAAAUAAAGAUUUGCAUUGCAAAGCCCUUUGGUGAUUAGACACAGAGUAAAUCUAAUUCUACACCAUUAAUUCUGUAUACGGUACUUACCCAGUCUGUAUUAAAGGAACAGAAAACCUCA